AUGAAUUCUGGUAUAACUUUAGAUUCAGUAAACGAAAAAACUAAUAAAUUAAAUUUGUUAACUAAAAGAGAAGUUGAACGUCAACUGAAUUUACAAAAACGAAAAGACAACAAAGAUUUACUAGUUGCCGGUAAUGAAAAAUUGGAAUUUUUUGAAACAAUAUUUACUGAAAAACGAUCUUAUAUAGAAAACAUGAUCAACAUUUCCAAAAGUGUGCCAGUUAAUGAAUUACCAGACCAUUUUAAUGAAAUUUUAAAAGAAAUAGUUACUUUACAGAAAUAUGUAGCAGCUUCAAGCAUUUUUAUAAGAAAUUAUGACAUGCAAAGAUGCCAAAAUGUAUUACAGGAACUAACAGUAAAAACAAAACAAUUGGAAGAAGAGUUGCUACCAAAAAAGAAAUUCUCUUUUAAGAACAAGAUGAAGCAAAAGUCUAAAUCAACAGAAAUUAGGAAUAAAAGUAUCGAUGAUGUUGAUUUCAAACUGAAAAUUGAACCAGUUAAAAGCAAUACAGGAUUUCUAAGUAGAUGUAAUGAAAAACUCACUUUAAACAAUUCCGAAUUGUUCAAAAAAGAUGUUAGCUUAGAAAAAAUGGAAUCAUGUACAGUAUUUUUAAAAGGCAGUCCUUCCACUUUACAUCUUAAUCAUUUAAAAAACUGUAAUAUAUUUUCUGGUCCAGUCAGUACAUCAAUUUUUGCAGAAAACUGUGAAAACUGUACAUUAGUUAUAGCUUGUCAGCAAUUAAGAUUGCACAAUUCUAAAAAUACUGAUAUAUAUCUUUACGUCACCAGCAGAGCUAUAAUGGAAGAUUGCAAAGAAAUUAGAGUGGCACCUUAUAAUUGGAAAUAUGAAAGCAUAGCUAGUGACUUUGAAAAUGUUGGUUUUGAUACUGCUGUGAAUAAUUGGACUUGUAUUGAUGAUUUCAACUGGCUCAAUCAGAAACAUUCUCCUAAUUGGAAGGAGAUUGAAGAUGUAGAAAGAAUUCAAAACUGGAAUCAUUAUUUAUAGAUUCAUUGUAACUUAGUAGUUAACAUUUAUUAAACAAUUUGCUUCUGCGACUUAUCUUGACUGUGUGAUUUUUUUAAAUGUACAGAAUUAAAAUCAUAUUGUACCAAUUCAGGAUAUUGUUAAUAAAUGCAUUCUCAAAA